CAGUGCUUUAGCGAGAAGAGGCGUUUCAAAAUGGCUGCCAAUUUCAAUUCUCCAGGAAAGAGCCGGAAAGCGAAGCUUGAUUAGUUUACAAUCUAUGGAAUAGUUUAUUUUGAUUCACCAUGCAGAAACAACCCAUACCACCAACCAGAAGACCCAAGCAGAGGAUUGUAAGUUUUAUUUGCUAGCAUACCAUUUUAUUUGUGGUAUCAAAUGACGCUAAAUGUUUCGAGCCGGCUGGCUAUAAUGGUUGGUUUAAAGUCCUUUCUAUGGUUAAACCAGAGUUCCCUUUGUCUACUGUGAAUAAUUAGAGCUAAAAAACAAAGGAAAUUCUGAAUCAAACUAGACUGAGUGCUGAUUUAACCUGAGAGCUGAUUUUACCUACAAUGUUUCCAUGAUAAACAAAUCAUGCAUGACUGCAGAGGAAGUGCCCAGCUCGCAGCUGUACUUGCCCAGCAGGAAAAUCAUUUGUAAAAUCUUCUGAUCCCGGACAGGACAUUACUAGGAUCCCUGUAAUCUUUUGUAGUUUUUUCUCCCUGAAGCAUGAAGGUGCUUAUACACAUCCCCAGUUAUUUUAGUGUACUUCUCGAUGCAUCUGGUCAAGAGGGGGGCGUAAGGGGGGUCCGAAAACCGCAAAACCGCACAGAAAUACGCCAAAAAACCGAAAACCGCAUCGGAUUUUUUCCCGAAUACCGAAACCGCGCGUACAUGUAGGCCACAAUACGAAAGCUGACGUCAGCAAGACCUGUGAUAUAUUCUGAUAACAUUGUCCGUUAGUAUUAAACAUACCAUCAGAACGCUAACGAUAUAUUGUACUACACUAUUAUACUCUAUUUACUACUAAUAACCAAAUGCCAAUUAUGCUGGUCAUGUACUUGAACGAGUAUUGAUAUCUCCCUUGACUUUGAAAAACUCUGUCACUGAUCCUGUACGUGUCUUACAUUGGGUGACUGAUUACCUUGGACGACCCUGUGCUAGUUGUGGAACGCGGAAUAAAUGUUUCUUCUGGAACUGUGACCUUCUUGUCUCAUAAAGAGUUCACGUUCAGUGGAGAAGACGAUUGUUAAAACGUACAGCUCUUCUGAAAUUCUCCCUUUACUUUCCUUCUUCAUAGAAGAUUGCCACGCAAUUAAUUACUACGUCCUCUUUGGCUUUCAGUUGCUUAAUUUACCCUCAGUUGCCAUUGUCGCAAUUAAAUCAAAGCAACGAGAACACGAGGCUGUACGGCUGUACGAAAGCAACAUCCGCAUGGAAUUUCAAUAAGUCGACGAUCAUUGGGUCAAACUGAUUAAUCACCGGCGUAUUAACUGAAAAGGCCAGAAGCUGCAAACCACAGAGUUAAAUUGUAAGCUGAUAUAAUGAACCCUGAUGCGUUGUAAAACAAAACACUUGGCUCGCGCUUGCAAAACAACCGGAUGCCAACCGUUCUAAAGAGUGUUAUCACCGGAGACACUUUUUUUUCACCGAAAACCGCGACUUACAGGUUGUAAUAACCGCAAACCGCUUAGUGUUUUGAAACCGCAAUACCGCGAGUUAAAAUAAAAAUUACCGCAAAACCGCACCAAAAAUAACACAAAACCGCAUCACCGCAAACCCUUACGCCCCCCUCGGUCAACUAAAUUUCAUCUGCACUUUUUCUGUAACCAUCUUCUAUUUAGACGAUUUUCUUUAAUAUGAUGUGUUAAUAGUGGUUAUGUUGAAUUUAAGGGUUUCUAAGGUUUGCUGUGAAUUAAGUGAAAAAAUAUUAGUUCUAGAAUAUGUUAUGGCUACACUGUAGGUGACUAGACCAGCAGCUGAUUACUUGCUGUGAGACAGUCACCUUGACCGUCAGUCUAUUAUGACACAGCUUUAUUGGAAAACGAAUCAUGUUCAGUCCACAGUGCCAUUUUGGAUGAAUGAAAAUAAAGUUCUACUGAUUACUGCAGACUACUCCAACAGAGAUGGAUUCAUGUGGAUGGACAAAAGUGAUUUUUAAGUGCAAAGUGUACUUGAUGAUAUCAUUAGUAAAAUAACAGGACAUGUCGAAAAGGCUGCAUUUGUUACUCAAAUGUAACUUCAAUUUCCUGUGUAAUGCACCUGCAGUCACUGUAAAAUACUUGGGACAAAUUUGCAUUUAAAGUACUUUUUAGAUCUCACAUGCCAUCCGCUUCCCUCAUCCCACAUACAAGCCAUAGGUCAUGUGUACCCACUAUUUUUCCACGCUGUCAACAUUGUGUAGGGUGGGGGGAGGAGGAAUUGCAAGGCAUUUAUCUCUCCUUACAGGCUAAUCUUUGCUGACGUCGUCGUUUGCAUUUUUCCUCAUUAGGGUAUGACCCAGCUUGUAGAAGCCGUGGCCGUAUAAUGAACUAAAUGCAAAAGUUGAAAGAGCUGAUUAAGUUGAACAAUUUGUUCAAUUCUAAGCUCUUUACAAGCAAUAUUGAAGGAAAUAUCGGCCAUCAAAAACUGCAAAUUUGUUGUGUGACAAAAAAGUUAAUGAGCUAUACAUUCUCUGUAAAAUUUCAAGUUUAAUUUUAGAAGAGAAUUUCUCUCAAACCAUUUGGUGUAUUGGGCUCAAAUUUUCAGGGAUAACUGAAACUGUUAUGCCCUUUCAAUAUUCAGAGUUUUUAUUUUAUUAGCGUCAUCAUCAUAUAGUGAUAAGCAUAUGUUAAUGAGGCAAAAAGUAUAAACAAAGAUUCACCUAUAGCUUUGCUUUAAGAAGGCCUUCUUAAAGUUACAGGUAAUUACAAAUAGGGCAUGACUGUCCCAAGGAAUUUUUGUGCAGGAUUGCAGAUCUAAUAUUUAUCAGCAACUUCAAUGCAAAUGUUCACAGUCUUGAAUAAAAAAAUGCAGAGGAAAAAGUGUAUCCUUUAACAUAAUAAUAUUGUCUACUUUGAAGAACACUUGAAAUCAUUUUGUUUUGGACAGGAACAUUGUGGUUGGCUUCGUAAGCUUGGUGGCCGAUACAGAAACUUGAGAUCAAGAUGGUUUGAACUUAAAGGGGAUCAGCUAUAUUACUUCAGAGAUAAUAAUGUAAGUAAACAUAAAACAAUUUAUUUCCUUGAUUCAUUACCUCACAAAUCAACAGUACAAAAAGGGAGGGCUGAAUAAUGGAUUAUCAUAAUUUUUAUUUUAUCAGCUUGAAUACACUCACUUUGUCAUGUACUCAAAUCCUAAUGGAGUAUUGGCAGUUGUGUACAUAGUAAAUAUAACAAUGUCAUAUCGCUUAACACUUCUAUUGUACACGUGAAUACUAUGGGUAGAAUGUUCAUAGAGGGUCCACAAAAUAAUGUAGCCUGAGAAAACAGCCAACAUUUUGUGAUGCCACCACUGGUUUCCCGUGAAAUGGUGUCUGACAAUCAAGUGCAGAAAUUCCAAAUCCCAAUCCUGCCAAAAUGUUUUCACAAGUUUCUUUGUUGAAAUUGAAGUACAGUCUACAUAGUGGGCAGCUUCUCAACAUUGCCACUAGUGUCUGUAACAUUUAUUUUUUGUUUUGCUUGGUUUUUGUCUAUUUUGAAAAUAAAAAUUGUUUGCUUCCAUAUUCUAAGUGGUGCUAGAAAACAACAAAUGAAAUAGUACCAAGCCAAGAAUAAUUAUGGAAUGACUUGGUUGAUGGUUUUGAAAGGAGACAGAUUUAAAGAAAAACGUCCAAGACAUCAUAGCUCAGUAAACCCCAACAAAACCUUUCUGUGUAUACAUGUUGUAGUUAAUUUUUUUAUCUUAGGUAAUUUUUCUUUUUCCUUUGUUUCAACUUCAUUAGCAUAGAUUACCAUACUCAAAAACAAAAGAAAAACAAAAAUUAUCUGAGAUAAAAAAUUACUGUGAAACUCACAAAACUGUGAACACCAGAAAUAUUUAUGGAAUGUUAUUGUGUUGUAAGAAAUAAGCUAAUAAGGCACAUGAUAAACCGCAAACAGCAACGGUAAUUAGUUUGUGGUUUUGAGGUUUGUUCGCGUGUGCUGAACUUUAUGGUGGUUGGCCAGUACACAAUCAACAUUCCUGAAAUUUUUCAGGUGUUCACAGUUUUCUGAGUUUGACAGUAAAUACAACAUACACAUUGUAUUCCCCUCCUGGGGCAAAAACAGAGUUUCUAUUAAAGGCAAAGUGGUAAGAUUGCUUACAACAAACUCUUCGAAAACAACAUUUAAAGAGUGUCUUACGAACUUUGAAUAAUGCGUCAGUGCAUGCUGGUAUUUUUUUAGCCUGGGUGCCAGAGACUUUUCAUGGGCAGUUAUCAGUUUUGGUCAAGUCUUAAAAAUAGUGAAGUACGGUAAAAUUCUUUCUUGUUCCCUGCUUGUGGCUUUGGCCAGUGGUUGUGACGUUGAGGCAUCAUCCUUUUGCUUACAAGGAGAAAAUCAGAAGUACCCAGGGUGAUAUCCAAAAGUAUGUUGAAAAAAAGAGAGCAGGGCAAAAUCUUAAAAAAUCAUGAUGGAAAAUUGGAGCCUGCUAGAAAAUCAGCCUCUGCUGAAAACAAUUUCUAAAACACCUAGCUCUGAUCAUAUCUUGUGGAAGAGGUAAGUCUCUAUUAAAGACAUGCUUGUGAGAGCAAAAACAUAAUUUGAAGGCUUUGAUAACUCGAUACAACCAAUUAAACACCAUGUUAAAAGUUCUUGUACUCCUAUCUGUGACUUCCUUUAAACUUCCUUUUAAUGCAGUCACAAAAAAAUGAAUUCCUGAAUCUCACUACUUUUCCCUUUGACUCCCACAUCUCAACCCCAUUAAAAAAAAAGGAAAUCCCACUCUUGCUCAUUAUUGAAAUUCCCACUUCCCUGAUCCCGCUUCUGUUUUUAGCACACAUCCCGAGUAUCACAACAAAAAAUCGCCAAAUCCCCCAUCCCACUAAAGCUACUGUGGACCCUCCUUAUUGUGGGCGACAAAAGGAGCCUGCCACCUACUCUUGGUCAGCAGCACUUGAGACUUUACCCAAUUCUGUCCACAUUCUUGGAAUGCUCGUGUUAUACUGACUAAUAUGCAUGGUAUGUGGCCACAAAGGCCCUGGUAUUGAGUUUAAGGUUUGUCUGAUGUCAUGGUAACCAUGUAAAUGCACAUGCAAGUGAUGCAACAGUCAUUAUAAUACAUUCGAUUCACAAGCACACAUAAUUAAGGUACACAAGGGAGACUCUUUGAUUCGCCUUGCCGGUCUAAAAUCUAUUAGUAGUAAGUAGGGCCUGAUCUCAGCUUAGUGCGGGACAAGUUUUCGGUAAGAUACGAGUGCUAGCCAAGUCUAGAAAUUGAUGUAAAUUAAGUUUAUUCAGGUUUCACUACCGUGCAUGGUUUUUAAAUAUUUCUACUUUUCCAAGCAUGUUUCAUUUCUUGUCAUCUGAAGGCUUCAAUAAGCUUUAAACUCCAGUGGUAAUUUAAGUUGUUUCAUUAUUUUCUAUUGCAUAUCAAUGGGCUUUGGUCAUUUUUUGGAGUAAUAAUAUCAAGCAUGAGAUGCAGUGUUUCAUCUCCAGAUGAAACACUAAGAAGAGAGUUGAAAAUAUGACAUGCAGGGGAGUAUUUUUGACGAACUUUGGGGUGUUUCAUCUGGUGAUGAAACAAUGUGUUGAAUGCUUUAUAUUACUUCGCAAACGAAAGGAUUUUAUAUGGAGAAAUUAAGGAUGUAAAAAUGAGCAGUUUUUCAUUUGAUUUCCAAGCACUCAUUAAACUUUAAUUUCCUUUGUAUUUUCUGUAUGAAUUAUUAAAGAGUUUGAGAACACGGAUUGAAUAUUAAUUUUGAUUGAAUAAUAAGACUUUGUGCAGUCAUGACUGUAUACACGUAUACUUUUGUCAUGCAUUACUGUUUCAAUAUAUCUUUGCAGUCAAAUACACAGCCUUUCUCAUCGCUCCUCACCAUUCGCAGGCAAAUUGUGCCUACGCAACUGUGAAUAAAAUCAUGAUUGUUGAAAUAAAUAUGAGUCUUGCUUACUGUGUUGUUCAAUCCAGCUUUCAUGAUCUGAAGUGAUUAUUCCUUUUGUUGACACUGGAACUAAAAUUCACCUACACAAUUAUGAAAGCACUUUUCAUCAAUCACAUCACCAAGUUAUAACAUCAACAUGUUCGCACUUCCUAGCCAAAGGCUACUGCUAGUAUGCUAAUUAAAUAUUGAAUGAACUGUAGUCUGGCUGGAACUGCGUAGCUGUUAUUUUAGUGCAAAAUCUUAAUUCUGUUCUUUCAAUUCAGGAACCCAAGACACCCAUUGCUGCCAUUCCUUUGGCAGGAAAUGAAGUUAUUAGACAUCCACCCGAGCCAGGAGAGCCUGGAAAAUUCAAAUUUGAAAUCAUUUGUGAGUAAUUCAUACAAAUGUAUAUAAAAUACUGUUAGAUUGAGAUAAUGGAAAAAAGUGCCAGUGUCAGUGUAAACCAGACUGAUCUUUUUGAAAUUUUAUUUCAGCUGGGAAGGACAAGGAAGGGCGACCAGUUUCCAGCAGCCAUGAUACCUUUGUUCUAAUUGCUUCCUCUCAACAGGAAAUGGAAGAGUGGAUACGGGCCAUAAACAGGAUCAUUUAUGCAGUAAGAUGAUGUAUUUAACUUGAUGAAUUUUACCUCAACAUAUGAAUGCUGGAAAAGAAAAGUUUUUUAAUUUUUAUUGCAGCCGUUUGGUGGUGGAAUGUUUGGUAGAAGUCUGGCUGAAACAGUAAAGUUUGAAACAAGACGUGGUGGAGGAUACGUACCACUUAUUGUUCACAAAUGUGUGGAUUUCAUUAGAGCUCAUGGUAAAAGUUUUCGUUUUUGUUACUAGAUACUUUAACUCAUUUUUCAAUGCAUUAAGCUGCCUACUUUUUUGUGCAUUUCGCAUACAUGUAUGUACUGCAAUGGACUUUACAUUGUUCAAUAUACAAAUAUAAUGUUAUUUUACAAUGGAGGGGCAUUAACCAGGAUGAGCCAUGGUAAAAACUGUUUUGAAUUGCAGUCUCUGAUGGAAAAAAUGAAAUGAAAUUGGGACAAAAAAAAUUCUUAAUAAUGAAAAAAGGCAUGAUUACAAAAGAAGUGAUUAUGAAUUCUUAAUGAAAAAGAUGUUAUUUUGUCCAGGGAGUGGGAGAGAUUAACAGAAAACUGUUGUUUCCACAUUGAAUGAUGGCAAAGUUCCUAGGCCUUCAAACUUUACGAUAUGAAGUUUAUUAAAUUGUCCCUGUGUUAAACACUCUAGCUCAGUUAUUAAUUUUUGAGUGCUUCACAGCAAAUUUAGUUUGUGAUUGGAGGGACAAAGACGCACCAUGAACUAUGAAAUGCAUACAUUUAAGGUGGCCGACGGCGCUUGUUUUAAAUUAGAGGAACAAACAUAGCAGCAAAAAAAGCAAUGGAACACAGAAGACGAUUUCUCAAAAUCUACUCAUUAAAAUUUUGUGACAUUUGGCAGAAAUUUUACUUUUAUCAUAUUUUAAAUAAUGAGAACUUUGAAAUGGAAGUUGAACAAACGAAUUUUGUGACACAUUUAAUAAUUACAGUACAAUUAUAUUAUUGAUUUAAAUGUAAAAACCAGUCUGUUAAACUUUGGUCAAAUAAAUUUCGAAUGGUAAUGAUUAAUAACAGAAACUCGUAAGGAGUUGAACAACCCCUUAUGGGUUUCUGUUAAUAAUUAAUCAUACUAUAAUUAUUAUAGUAGGCUGUGUGCAACUAAUGAGUGAAUUUUAAGUAAACUGAACAAAAGUGAAAUUUUAAGAUUGUAUUCAGUCUUUCAUGUUGCCACAGAAACUACGAAAACAUCACAUUUUACCUGUCAAUCAAAAUCUUUCAUCAGUAUAUUUUUCACUUGGCAAGUUUCAGCUUGUGAGCUGCAACCUUUCUCUUACCAUGAUUUGGCAAAUGACAUAUACUCACAAAGUGCCAAAACUGUGUUCAGCCACCUUAGCGGUAUGCAUUUGCCACAUUCAAGUAGAGUGAGCUCAUUCAUACAUUUUUUAAUAGGCACUGACUUGAAGAAAUUCCCUGUGUGAAUUUCUUGCCACACAAUGUUAUCCAAUGUACUUCUUUCAUGAUAUUUCUGAUCAUCAGGCGCUGGUUGUUCAAAAGGUGGAUAACACUGUUCACUAGAUAAAAUAUAUUUCCAGUGGAGACUGGAAAACACAAUUGGUUUUCCUAGUACUUACUGUCACUUGUUCAAAGCCCAAAAUUUUUUAUACAGCACUUCUGUAAUGAGAGACUGGGGCAACAGUCCUCAACCUUUUUGCAAGAACAAUGUAUCUCUUUGACCAAGAUAAUGUAAUAUUUUACUUUUAGGUUUAGUAGAGGAAGGAUUAUUUAGAUUACCUGGACAGGCAAAAAAUGUGGCAGACUUAAAAGAUGCCUUUAAUAGAGGUACUAACAAGCUAGACUUCUUUGUUAACAAUUAAAAAUUCGUCUUUGUUAGUCGAGUACCAUAAUUUCUGCAAUAGAUCUUCUCAAAAUCUGAGGGCUUAUUUUUUUCAGAGAUUUUUUAGGUGGGGUGAGAGUUCUUACUGAAGAGGGGAGCUUCUUUAAAAUUGUAGAGGCAAGGCUAGGGUUUGGUUUUUAUUUCAUACUAAAAAUAACUGUGUAAUAAAGGCAAUCAAUAUCUUAUACUAAACCUCUGAGUUUUUGUUAUCAGGAGAUAUUCCAGAACUUGAGGCCAAUAAAGCUGAGGUUCACUCUGUGGCGUCAGUGCUCAAGUCUUACCUUCGAGAACUUCCUGAACCACUUAUUCCUUACGACUACUUUGAAGUGUUUCUUACUGCCGCUAGAUGUAAGUCGUACUGAACUAGCUGGUCUCACUGUAGCCGGUCGCGCCGUGCAGGCAGUAUCCUGGGUGCCAGAGGCUUUUCAUGCGCGGUUUCCGGUUUCGGUCAAGUCUUAAAAGUGACCCGCGCGACCGCCGCUUUGAUUGACAGAUUAGAGACAACGUCAAGGCCGAUCUAGCAACAGCCUCCUCCUCAGGCGCUUCGUUUUUCGCACGGGCAGAGGCGAGCGCGAAACGAGUGACUGGUGAUACACCGCAAGGGACCUUGGGAAGGGUACAGUCUCCUUCCCGCCUUCCUUUGCGCGCACAUCGAGAGAGACGUCUGGGUACGAGGCAGGAUCUAGCAAGGUAAAUCAAGGCGCUCUGCUUCGCCGCUCGUGUCUUCGGCCUUCGGCCGAACACGUGUCGGCCUGCGGCCGACGAAACGAAGCUCCCCGUCGCACGCGAGAAAAAACCUCUGGUACCCAGGGUAUGCAGGCAGGCGUUUGAAAGGGAAAUAAGGCCCGUUGUAUUAAAUGCCUGACACACAGACUGGCUGGACAAAGCCAAAUUAAGUACAGGGGUUGAGAAGAUGAUGUUGAUAGUGAUGGCGCCCGUACGAUAGCAGAGGCCUCGCAACCUCUGGAAAAAGGCUUAUUUUAAGGCGCUGUAGAUAAUUCUGGUUUUUCUAAAAUCUAAAGUGACUUAAUUUGUCAUUUAAGGGGGCGUUACGGUCAAAUGCCUUGUUCUUUGGAUGUACGUAAAUCAUGCCGAUACAAUAUUUCCUUUAUCGAAGUUUGGAUGAAUUUAAGAAUGUUUCUAAAAUGAAGAAGAAUGGAAAAGGUAUUACAAAUUUAGAUUUGAAGUGAAUAAUCGCCUGACAAAGACCAGAUGUGAAUUGAAAUAUACGAAAUUACUCAUAUUUUGCUGGUUGGAAUAGCCUGUUCCAAGCGUUCAGAUAGUGGAGAGCGGUGCGAAGAAAAGAAAGCGAUGGAACGUAGAGGGGGACUUUGGAGGUUGUACCAAUAAAAACUGACCCGCUGUUAUUUUUAUUACCAGGUUAUGAAAUGUAUGAAGAGGAUGGUAUUGUAGCAAUCCAGAAACAACUAACAACACUUCCUAAGCCUAAUUACAUUCUGCUCGGAUAUCUUUGGUAUGCCGCUAUGACUUUCUUUAAGUUCUGACUUGAUUUUUGAAGGUUAUGUCGCAUUUUUUCAUCUCGUGACAGGAUUCGUACAGGUCAUGGAAAACCUUGAAAGUCAUGGAAAUUAAGAAUUUUAUUUUCCAGGCCUGGAAAGUCGUGGAAUUUAAUUGUCGGUCCUUGAAAGUCAUGGAAAAUUAAAUUUUUGUUUGGUAGUUUAGUUACUGCAGAUGACAAGGCAUGAACAAUGUAAGAUAGAGAGGAGUAAUUAAACAGCGCAAACGGAGAGCAUUUUAGUGGACCCCAGGGUUUCUCUGUUGAACUUUUAAUGGUCAAAAAAUACCCCAAAACAAGGGAAAUUUUGAAAAUUUUUGGUAGUGACAACUAACCCUAAGGUCUUGGAAAACUUGAAAAGGUCAUGAAAAAAAUCAUGGAAUUUGAAGAGCUUAAAAGAGUACGAGCCCUGCGUGACCCUGCGUGACCUAUCCAUAAUGUUUAUUUUGAGUAGAGAAGUGUAUGGCAGGCUCUUCGUUACAUUGAUCGUUUCUUGUUUGUUGUUACAGCCGUUUUUUAUACGAAGUACAGGAACACAGCAAAGAAAACAAGAUGGGCGUUAGGAACCUUGCAACUGUGUUUGGUCCAAACAUACUGCGCUCCGGAGUGAGUUGGUAGCUCUACUGGGAUCUAGAUCUGGUUUAUUCCUCGGUGUUCAAAACGCUUACUUUCUGCUUGACCCGUCUCAGUUUUUCAACUGUACUCCAAAAUGUUUCGUAUUGUCAUUGAUUCUCCGAAGCGUGAAUGUAGAAUGGGCGUUAUAUAAUUCGUUACGAUUGAGCAAAUCACCAACUGUUCAUCAGUAGGAUGCCUAAAAUGUGUGCAAUUCCACAAUUUGUUUCGGCUCCAUUAAAUCCUAUACCAAAGUUUCUUUUAAAAUACAGUAUUGCAUGGACAAAAAUUGGGAUAGAGUGAAGUGUUAGCCCCACAGUGGUGUUAAUUUUAUGGAGGUAAAUGUAGGAGUUUUCUAUCGUAAGCUUCAUUUUGGAAACGAGGGAGCCGUCUGGUGUAAAAAGUUGUCAGUAAUGAGAGGUUCGCCUGAGUGUUCUAUAGUUGUGUCCAAGCGAGGUGGUUCAACAUAACCUGGACUGUUUUGCGUCUGUUUUUGUAAUUUCAGUCUGAGGAUCUCCAGGUUAUGAUGGAAAGUACAAACCUGGUAACAGAACUCAUCAGCAUUCUGAUCAGAAAGCAAGAGCUGUUUUUCUCAAAGGCUGACGAUGAAGACGUUCAUUCAUCUCGACUGCAGCAAUUUGGGUGAUUACCGUUGAUUUUGCUUAUUGAAAAGAAAAUUAUUGCGCUUACAGUCUCUGGUUAACAGGUAUGUCUGUAUUGUUCAUUUGUAGAGGCGAUCCGAUGGACUUUGCUGAACCACCCGUGCGAACGCCUAGACCACAGCCAACAACACAGCUGAGUGAUACCGAGCAUGAAGAGGAGACUGGGACUGGAGGGGACGGUAAUGAUCUAUUUAACGGCUAGCCAGGAGAAAGCGCGUGCCUGCCUAAUAUAAAGGAAUGUUUUUUAGGCUUAGUCCAAACGUCGAACUUUUUAUGAGACGAACUAAACUCUAAUUUGGAUCGACCUAAAUGAAGUUAAGAUCGUCUGUUCGGUCAGACGUUAAACUUAGGACGUGUUGAACCAAUCAACUGAAUCAGACCAAAAACUACAACUUUAAUGAAUUUUCUCCCGAACGAGGCUAAAUAUUUAUGAUCAUACAAACUUUUAAUUUAUUAGUUAUUUCGUUACAUGUGGAGAUCGACGUUUGUCCCGGAGACGAUCUUCAGACGUUCUAUAACUUUUCAUGAACUUUGGUUCGUCUCAUGAAAAGUUCGACUUUUGGCCUAGGCCUCAGCUCUUUGGCUCAAGCCAUUUUAAAUUAUUUAUGAUUGUUCGCAAGUAUAGACGGAUACUCAGAAGAACAAACAAUCAGGCAUAAGUAUCGAAAAUAAGGGUCAUCGAUAACAUAAUUAAAAACUGAAUUGGAUGAGGACCAGUAUGACACAAGGGAUUAUUUCGAUCGAGAGGAGGAGGGGGUGAGGGUGUUAUUGGCGGAAAGUUCUGCGUAAUUCUUAACAAUAUUUGAUAAAGUAUGGUAGGUUAUUUAAUAUGUACUGUGCAGACCCAUGCCGACCAUAGCAAUACACAGCGCAGCGGAUAGACGUAGCCUUUCACCACGCCACCGCACUCUUAGUCCUCCCCGACUGAGGGUUAAUUUAAAAGACUUUUAGAAAGUCUAACAAUAACAUCUCCGUUGAUAAAGCCAAAACUGUUUGCUUAAAAAGUAAUUCAGUGCUAAGUUUUAAGGAUAACUUCAUAUUUGUUGCAACUAUUUCGAUUUAGCAGAUAGUGAGAAAGCGACAAAUAAAAAGAAUUCCGGGAAAAAAUUAAAAGUGGAUUUUUUCCCAGUUGGUGGACUUAAUUCUGCUGAGCGUUGUUUUUCUUUUUCUUUCCCUUUUUUUGUAUUACCUUUCAGGCGAAGAUCCGCGAAGUGAUAUCCAAGAGUUGGAGAAUGAAUUAGAACUUCAACAACAACAAAUCAAAGAUCUUCAGUCAAAGCUAGAGCAGGAAAGAAAAGUCCGAGAAAUGUUAGUACUACGUUUGGGUGACGAACAAAGAGCAAGGUUAGUAAGUUGUAAAAAACUGAAAAAGAAUUAGAAUGAGCUCAGAUACGCGAAGUACAGUAAAGUAAUAGUUAACUACAUGACACUGUCGUGAGCCACCUUCAUCCCAGUUUUCCAGCUACAUAAAAUGUGAGGGUUUUCGUCCUUCUGCUCGUGUAUAAUGUCUUAGUGAUACAUCCAUCGAGAUCGCGCCUGGAUCGAAGCCGAACAGGAAAAUAAAACCCGAGCUAUUCGUAGUACUAUUUCGGCAACAUUUGUCAGCAGUUUAUCAGUUGGUAUUCUCCUGUCCUUGUCUGUUACAAGUUUCACAUUCGUUUGAAGGAUUUUUUAUCGUUUCUAAUUCUUCGUCCUAAGAAGCAUUCCGCGGACCGCUGUUUGCCUAAUAUGUUUUGCAACUCUUAAAACAAGUCUCUGAUGUCACGUUUACUAAUGAAACACGCACUUGCACGUUGGGCAGUCCAAGUAAGCAUUUAUUGCAGGAGCAUUUCAAUACUAGUACUUGUCAGGCUUAUUCUCAGGCUGAAUUUAGGCGUUGUAAAGACUGUCCUGGAUGCGAAUCCUGUAGCCUGAAAAAACAGCAGACAUCUAGCGACGCUACCACUUGUAUCAUUCUGAUGACGUGUCACGACCUAGAUUUGAGGAGUGCUUCUGUUUGGUUGAAAAUUUGCUUCAACCAAUCAGAGGCACUACCCAGGUCAAGGUAGUGACACAGACGUCAUUUUGCGGUGAGUGUAGUUAGUGAUUAGGACGUCACGUUUGUUAAAACAGGUCCCAAUAAUAAUUUGUUUGUCCAUUUUUUCUCUUUCGCUUUAUGAUUAUAUCUAUACAAAUACUUUAAAACUUGCGUGGUAUCUUAUCAUCAUUCGGAUUUUGGAAAGGUUUCACGUUUCUACAGUUUGUGACUCGCAAUUUUUCUUUCUGCAGGGAAUCAGCACAAGAUCGAUUAGAAAAGCUGCAAGCCGGUAUGGAGGAGUUUUGUGCUAAAUAUGGAAGCUGGGAGCCAACUCAAAGAUAAAAGAUUUUUAGUAUAUAGUCGUAGAAUAUUUUAAUGCAAUGCCAGCUUUCUUUGUGCAAAAGAAAGUUUCUAGAUGAGGACGUUGAAAGUGCGCAAGAAAUUGUUUUAAUGCCGAAUUAACAAUAUGCGCAGAUAUCACCAGGGUUAGAGUUCUUCUUACUAGGUCUGAAACGACCGCUCUUAUUGACUAGAUAGCAAGUUCAAUUUUUACUAUUGAUCUGUUUAGAAACGUUUUGAAAAGUAGACACUUAUUACAGUAAGGAUUGGUAAAUCAAGUACUGUAGAAGCACUGUUGUUGGUCACUUACGAACAAAACAUGCUGCCUUCGAACGCAGUAUCGCUACGGUGACCUCUACCACGGCGGUCAUGGAUGUGGAUUCCUGGGGAAAGUACGACACGUAGGCUGCCAAAUUCCAACUUAAAGAACAAGCGGCGUCCAAACAGUGAAUACGGCAUUUCUCGCUCACUUGCUUUCGCUGUCAGUAAGUUGUUAUGACCUCCUUUAGAGAAUAUGUUUUUUCUCUCUUAUGAGCAAGGAUUAAGCAAUGACGAGCAGUUUUAAUGUUGUAUAAUUCGUACAAGCCCUAAAACUUAGAUUUGCCGUACGUCGACUUAUACACAGCAUUUGACCUCGGUUGAGGAUAAGAUUUUAAACUGAGAAACCAAGGAAGAAGCCAGAAGCGUCAAAUACUUUCUUGUUUAAGUGAAAAACAAUCGAUGAUAGGUUUUAAAACCAGUGAUUGUAAAACAAAAAAAAUAGGAGAAAAGUCGUCUGUUGUACUCACGUAGUGGCGACGUUGUAUUUGGCGCUAUUUUAUGGCGAAAGGUCAUUUCCAAGCAUGCGUAUUGCGUCAUUUUUUGACUUCGGGCCGCCGUAGCGAUUUGCUAAGUCCCUAUUGGCUAAGCUUGUUCGGUCAAGAUGGGUGGAUAUUGCUGAAGUUAUUUUUUGUGUUUUCAUGGACGAGACGAACUCGAGAUCAAUAAAAACACAAAAAAGGAACGAGGCCAAUACACAGCCAUCUUGACCGAACCAACUUGGCCAAUAAAGGACGUUUUCUUGCGUAGCCCGUGUAGAGACGCCCCGUCCCCUAAAAAAACCUCUACCCGAUUUUUUUUUUUUUUUUUGAGGUGAGGGGCCGUCUGUACACAGGCUGUUUCUUGCUAGACCAAUGCAGGAAAUCCCGAGUGGGCAAGAUGGACGCAUCUUGCCAGACAAGAUUUACUUAAUCUUGCAAGCAAUAUAAAAAAAUAACCGUACUUUCUUAAAGUCAUGCGAGCGGAUGUUCAAAUGUGAAUUCAAAUACAACAAGAAAAAAAAGGCGAAAUACUUUCAGAAGUGGUCCACUUUUCUAUUACCAUUUGCGUCGACACCCUAAAGAGUAGCCUCGCACGCAUACGUUCCUAGGGCUUCGUCAGGCGUUCCUGCCCCAGGCUACCCAACCUGCGACCAGGCGCUUCUUUUUCCCUUGUGGUUUUGGCCGACUUUCGCGCUUUCUCCGGAAAAGAACGCCUGAUCGUAGAUUAGGGGAUACCUAGUUAGUCAACCUAAGACCGAAAUUUCCACAGCCAUUUUUGUAGAAAUAAUUGUUAAUUCAGUAGCAAAAUGGUACAGCGGAAUUUCUAACCCAAUUUUCCAUACAUUUUCCUAAUAAUUUUUCGCAUGUUAUGUUGCUAAUAUAAAGAAAAAGGCAACAAAGGGUAUCUUGAUAAGAAUAUAGCUGAAUUUAUGUUUUAUAUUGAAACUGAUUUCAAACUAGAAAGGAAUAUAUAGUUAUUAUUUGUAUAUCAAUUUUUAUUCUAUGAGAGAGAAGGGAAGGAAAAAAAGACUGGUGUGUUACAUUGUACCUAUUUUUUGUGUUGGUCGUUCGUGAGAUUUUUUGCCUACUUAUGUUGUGUGGUUUAUAGAUUCCAUCACUAACCAAUUGGGUACCAGCCUCCUUCUCCAACACACACACACACACACCCAAUACAAAUACAAACGUUGAAAACAGUUUAAAAGAAUUCAAUUGGUUUGUAACUUCUUUACAACUCCAUUUCAUUAA